AUGUUUGUUGUCAACGGCAAGAGUUCAUCAAGACAUUUCCCAAAAGCCAUGUUGAAUAACGAGAAUGAUGCAGUCAUCCAAGAACUGAGUCAUUAUGCCACAUGUUUGAAGACGGAAGUUGAAUAUUUAAGAAAGGAAAACAGGAAGCUUCAACAACAAGUGCUAAAGUUGACAGAGCGGUUUGACUUGGAGACGUAUUUCUUGAAAGGAGUAUUGAGAGAGAAACAUAGUAGAAUUGCUGUAUUGAAUGAUCUUCUUCAUAGAGCAAAAGCAGAGAAGGAAAAGUUUGAAACAGAGAAAGCAAAUGUUGUCCAAAUACUGAAGAAGCAGCAACAAGUGUUUCAGGCAAAAAAUGGCAGAAUCCUCCAGCUUGAAGAGGAACUUGGUAGAAACCGGGAUGCUCAAGAAGCAUGUGUGGGCUUUGGUUAUAGUCGUGAGGAUGUGUCAGAAGCUGUUCUAGUAUGGGGAAGAAUAAAUCCAGGUUACAAGGCUGAAGACUUAAUGAAAAUACUGAUUGAAAGAAAUAGAGAAUGGCAUGAAGGAGUGGUCACUGAGGAGAACCAAAUGGAAACUGAAGGAGCAGUUGGUGGUCAAGAUGAGCUUUGAAAGAAAGGAAGAAUGAAGAAAUCAGAUCUUGCUGUAUAAUAACUUGAUGUUUAUUUUGAUGACAAACAAGCAUGUGCAGUAGACUUACUACUUCUUUCGAAGUAGGAGCUAAAAUUUACACAGGGAAUAAAGCACUUUUCUUAUUCACACUAGGUAACCCGAUAUGUUCGGCGCAGGAUCGAUACAUAGAUUUGAAAAUUUUAGUAGUGUUAGUAUUCUCAUUAUUUUGGUCUAUAAAAAUAUAUAUCCAAUAAAACCAACCUUACACUUUAAGCAAAAACGGCGAAGUUAAAUGUGAAACUUUACACCAAUUUCAGCAUUUUUAAAGUUUAUAGCCACAUUUCUUUGAAAAUAUUGCAAAACAAAGCCAACAUCUUUAAGGACUGUAUUCAUCAACCUU